GCUUUGGUAUUUAUUUAUUUGUACUGAACAACUUCAAUACAAGUCGGAUAUAGAAAGUACGGGACUGGUGAACACAACGCCAUUUCUAGAGGGGAGUAUAUUCUAGUGCACAUUAUUUCGUUGUUCUAAGUCUCCAGUGUGACCUACUAUAAUCAUGACGUCCCAAACGCGAAAGCUAAGCACCGAAGAGGGCAUCUCUGUUAAACACGUCAAAUUAACGCUAAACGAGGCCGAUGAUGUACACAUCGACCGCAUUGAUCCUCUAAUACCUCCCCAAAUACUGAUGGAAGAGAUCCCUAUCAGCAACGCAGCAUUGCUCACAGUAAAACAGGCACGUCGCGAAAUUGCAGCUGUUCUCGACAACGAGGAUGAUCGCGUAGUGGCGAUUGUCGGACCGUGUUCUGUGCACGAUGUGAAAGCCGCGCUUGAAUACGCAGACUGGCUGAGUGGUAUGAAGGAGAAGUACGCCAAGGAACUGGUUAUCAUCAUGCGCGUGUACUUCGAGAAGCCUCGUACCACUGUUGGCUGGAAAGGAAUGAUUAAUGACCCUAAUCUAGAUGGCACUUUCAAGAUCAACAAGGGUCUCCGCACGGCAAGACAGCUGCUGCAGGACUUGAACGAAAAGGGCUUGCCUUGUGCGGUUGAGUUCUUGGAUACCAUAACCCCACAGUUCUUCGGGGAUCUAGUGGCCUGGGGUGCGAUUGGCGCCCGAACGACUGAAUCUCAAAUACACAGAGAGCUUGCUUCCGGACUGAGUUGCCCGGUCGGCUUCAAAAAUGGGACUGAGGGCAAUACGCUUAUCGCUACACAAGCCAUUGGAUCCGCUACCCAGCCCCAUAACUUCUUAUCAGUUACUAAACAAGGGCUUGCAGCUAUUGUCCGAACCACCGGCAAUAAGAAUUGCCAUAUGAUUCUGCGAGGUGGUACCACUGGUCCUAACUACAGUGAAACGCACAUCGCGAGUGCUGUUGCAGAGUUGGCGAAGAACAAGAUCACUACGAAGCUGAUGAUUGACUGCUCACAUGGUAACAGUCUAAAGAUCCAUACCAAUCAACCAACGGUCGCAGAGAGCGUUGCCGUUCAAUUAACAGCAGGUAAUCGCGAUAUCUUCGGCGUAAUGAUCGAAUCCAAUCUCGUCGAGGGCAAUCAGAAAAUUCCUGCAGAAGGACCCAGUGGAUUGGUGUACGGUAAAAGUAUAACGGAUGCCUGCGUGAGUUUAGAUCAAACCAUACCCAUGCUGGAAGCACUGGCAGAGGGUGUACGAGGCCGUCGAUUGCUAUAGAGUUUGAGCGAAAACCCGGGGGGUGACAACUGGACAAGACAUUUGGUUCAAAAAGUCAAAAGAUCUUUAUUUCCAUUAGUCAACCGGAAUUUAAAUAUCUUGGUACCAUCAACUCUAUAAAAAAUAUGUAAAUUAUAAACAAUUUUUCAUUUUGAAC